AUGGACGCAUUACUCCUGGGCUCGCCCGACUUAUCGUCGCGCUGCGACGACCUGCGCGCCCCUGGCGUCAUGAACCUCAUUGUGUCCAUGUACGUUCGAAAGUGCCGAAACAAACAGCUGCGACGGCCGGCGAUCACUCUUUACCCUGGUGCUAACGUGCUUAGAUUCAUCCUCGUCGGCAUGCUCGUUUCGUACCUUCCUCAGCACUGGCGCAUCAUUGCCCGUGGCACCUCGGAAGGCAUCUCGCCCUACUUUGUCCUCCUGGGCGUCACCUCGGCCACUUCCGGCUUUGCCAACAUCCUGACCCUGCCCCAGUCCCGCCAGGACGUCGCCUGCUGCCACGAGCUCGACACCCUGCACUGCUUGGCUGGCCUGCUCGGAAUUGCUCAGUUGGGCGUGCAGUGGCUGUGCUUCGCCUUCAUCCUCGUGCUCUUUCUCGUCUUCUUUCGCUACGACGACGCCGCCGUCCCCCUCCCGGAAGACGAGAUUCGCAACGAGCAGCCCCGCUGGCAGACGGCCGUGCUGGUGGCCUGCACCUGUUUUGUGCACGGCCUCGUUGUCAUUGUCGUCACGGCCGUCCUGGCCGCCGUCGCACCCCGGGCGCUGUCCGGCUGGGCCAAUACGCUUGGACUGAUGGCGGCGCUGCUGGCUGCCAUCCAGUACUUUCCACAAAUCUACACAACCUACCGUCUCAAGCACGUCGGCAGUCUCAGCAUCCCCAUGAUGUGCAUGCAGACACCGGGCGGCCUGUUGUUUGCUGGUAGUCUGUUUGCACGCCUGGGCUGGGCUGGCUGGAGCUCGUGGGGCAUCUUUUUGUUGACGGCCAUCAUGCAGGGCAUGCUGCUGACCAUGGCCGUGUACUACGAGCUGCAGCGGGCGUACCCAGAGGACGAAUAUGUGAGCGGAAACGCAGGCGCACAUACACAUACCGACGCAAACGGCAACGGCUAUGGUGCAACAGAGAACGGGCAUGGCAACACCAACGGUGGCACCAACGGCGGCGUGGCCCCGCCCAAGACCGCGUCACGGCCCCUCUACCGCCGCGUGUUGUCCUACCGCUCCGCCCGCCUCGACGAGAACACCCCCAGCCGCUACAGCGCCCAUCCCGAGCACUACGGCACCACCCCCGACGAGAUUUCCGAUAUCAUCGACCGCCAAGAGAGCGAUGCUGCCGCAGAGACAGAACCGCUGCUGCGCCCGGGCGGCAUCGGCAACCCCCGACGCGACUAUGCUGCUCCUCGCAGACGAUGA